UCGGCAAGUCAUUUUCCUAAUAUUUCCAUAAUUUUAUGGUAGUUAAGUGAAUGUUUUAAAAUUGAUAAUUUAUUUUCACAUAGAGUUGAAAAGCCAACAUCAUAAACAAAGCAAUAAAAAUACCCUUAAUUACGGAAUUUAUACAUUGUUUUUAAAAUAAAAGGGGAUAAUUGUAAUUUUAUACGAUGGCCGUACGUUCAAUUAAUGACGAAACACAUUUUCAAUCGGAAUUAAGUGCAGCUGGAGUAAAAUUGGUUGUGGUAGACUUUACGGCACAAUGGUGUGGUCCUUGCCAAAGAAUUGCACCGCAAUUUGAACAAUUACCUAGUAAAUAUCCACAAGCAGUAUUCUUAAAAGUUGAUGUUGAUAAAUGUCAAGAUACUGCAAUGACGCAAGGUGUGUCUGCAAUGCCUACUUUUAUACUGUAUAGAAACAAAACAAAAGUCGAUAGAUUACAAGGUGCAGAUAUUUUAGGUUUGGAAGCUAAAAUAAAACAGCAUAUUGGAAGUGAGGAAUCUUCUGGCGAGGAUUGUGGCCAAGGUUUACUUGAACUUAAUGCAUUUAUUCAAAAAGAUCAGUGUGAGUGUUUAAAUGAAUCUGAUGAUCAUCCAUUACAGCAUUGUUUAACCAAUGUUCCUGGAUUUUUACAAUCUGAUGUUGACGAAGAAUUAAUUAUAUCGGUAACAUUUAACCAAGCUGUAAAAAUUCAUUCACUAAGAAUUGAAGGUCCUCCAAAUUUAGGACCAAAAGAAAUAAAAUUAUUUAUUAACCAACCAAGAACAAUAGAUUUUGACAUGGCAGAAUCUUGCACUUCCGUACAAGAUUUAACGCUCACUCCAUCUGAUUUAGAAGGCAACGCUGUAAACUUAAAAUAUGUUAAAUUUCAAAACGUAACUAACAUUCAAGUGUUUGUGAGAAAUAAUCAGAGUGGUGGUGAGAUUACACGAAUCGAUCGUUUAAGUUUUAUUGGUUCACCUUUAGCUACAACAAAGAUGGAGGACUUUAAACGUGUUUCUGGCAAAAAAGGAGAAAGUCAUUAAUUAUUCAUUACAAAUCAUAGAUAUUUGAUCAAAUCAUUUUUGUUUAUUUAGAAAAUAUAAAAUAAAAACAAGUUUCAUGAAAAAAAA